AUGGAUUUAAAAGUUGAUUGGAUUGGUCAGAAGAACCAGAUAGAUGCUGCUAAGGCUGCAGGAGUUAAACAGAUUGUUUUGGUUGGCUCGAUGGGAGGAACAAACAUUAACCACCCCUUGAAUAGUAUUGGCAAUGCCAACAUUCUGGUUUGGAAGAGGAAAGCAGAGCAGUACUUGGCUGAUUCCGGGAUUCCAUACACCAUCAUCAGGGCGGGUGGUUUGCAGGACAAGGAAGGUGGCAUUAGAGAAUUACUUGUGGGAAAAGAUGAUGAGCUUCUUGAGACUGAAACAAGAACAAUCGCAAGGUCUGAUGUUGCUGAAGUCUGCGUUCAGGCGUUGCAGCUUGAGGAGGCGAAAUUCAAAGCACUUGAUCUGGCUUCAAAGCCUGAAGGAACAGGCACUCGAACAAAGGACUUCAAGGCGCUUUUCACUCAAGUAACCACUCGGUUCUGA